CCCGUCAGUGAUCAUUCGAUAUUGUUGCCUGGCGGACGCAGCAGCAAAAAGCAGCAGCUUAGCCCAGAAGCAAGCAAAAGUAGGAGAAAUAGUUAAGGAAAAAGGGAAAAGCCCAAACGAAUUAGCGCGUGCAAAGUCGGACUACGAUGAUCGCGAGUUUCGACGGCGGAAGAGGAAAACUGCGAAGAAGACUGCGACGCGACUCCUAGUGCCUAGGCGAGAAAGAAAGAGAAAGGAAAAAACGGGAAAACUCUGCUUUCUCCGCGGGGAAAAUACAUAACUAUAAAUUUUGUCCAAAAAUAAAAAAGGAGAAUAAAACGUGCGGAAAGUGAGCGAUUCUGCGGGCAACAUUGCGAAUAUCGAAAACGAUCGAAGGAGGCUGGGAAGUUUAGGGGAAUCCAGCAAGAAAAAGUGCGUAAAAUCUGCAGAAAUUAAGCUGAGAGAAAAGAAAAAAAAGUGACGCAACGAGCUCAACCAAAAUAAGGGCAAACACCCAGAAGUGAAGUGUGACAACUUUGUGCGGUAACCGGUGCCAACCUUGGAUGCCAUUCUAGUCUGUGGCGUGGCGAUUUGUAAAAAGUGAGAAAAAAGAUCUCCUCUAAUCCAUCGAAAGGAGCAAACAAAAAAUAUCGUGUGCGAGAGUGGAGAUAGUUUUCACACCUUUUUGGCUAGUCAACAGUGCUGUCUAACAGCUCGUUCAACAAGCGUCAGUUUUUAAGUUUUCAACCUACAAACAGCAGACACAAAAUGAUUCACGUGGACGAAUCCGAUCCCGUCGGUGAUGUGCCACCACCGUUUCCCUAUCGUGAGGUGGAAAUUCAGCGCGGAGUCGAUGCCAAACAGCUGUACGAGCUGAGCACCGAAAUCGGAAGGGGCAAAUUCGGCGUCGUUCACACAUGCACGGACAAAUCAACCGGCCUCCGGCUGGCGGCCAAGUUCAUCAAGAUCGAGAAGAAAGGCGACCGCAAGAACAUCGAACGCGAGGUCCACAUGAUGAACGUGCUGCGGCACGCCAAAAUAGCCCAGCUGUACGCGGCCUACGAGUACGACCGGACGUUCUGCAUGGUGCUGGAGCUGGUCCAGGGCGGCGAGCUGUUUGACCGCGUGCUGGACGAAAAGUUCCUGCUCACCGAGAAGGCCUGCUCGAUCUUUAUGCGACAGAUUUGCGACGCCAUCGCGUACAUCCACGGCAACAACAUUGUGCACUUGGACCUGAAGCCGGAGAAUAUUCUGUGCCUGACGGAGAGCGGGAAUCGGAUAAAAAUUAUCGACUUUGGGCUGGCCCGCGAGUACGACCCGGACAACAAGCUGCAGGUGCUGUUUGGCACGCCCGAGUUUGUGGCCCCCGAGGUGGUCAACUUUGAGGCGAUCUCAUUCGCGACGGACAUGUGGAGCGUCGGCGUAAUUGCCUACGUGCUCGUAUCCGGUCUUUCUCCCUUUGCUGGCGAGGACGACAUCCAGACCAUGGGUAACAUCACGAUCGGUCGGUACGACUUCCUGGACGAGGCGUUCGACACCGUGUCAGAGGAAGCGAUCGACUUUAUCAACCGCUGUCUGGUGAAGGAUCCCAACGAACGAAUCAACGCAGAGCAGGCCCUUAAACACAAGUGGAUCAAGCGGAAACCUCAGUACUACCCGACGAAUCCUCGGCGACCUUCGAUACCCGUUUUCAAACCAAUUUUGCUAGAGGACAGCAAUGACAACAACAGCAAUGUACACUUGAUCUUUUUUCGCCAGAACGACGCCGAGAUCGACAAGGAAAACCUCAAGGAUCUGGUCUCCAAGUGGAACGAGUCCCCGAACAAUCGGUACGCCUUCGACCAGGCCUCCGAGAGUGUGAUCUCGCCCAGUGGGGACCUGAUUCCUGCGGGGGCGCUCCUGAUGCGGCGAACCAGUGGCGAUGCCAGCGGAGGCCGGAGGGGCAGCUUAGCUAGAGACGAGGAUGACCCGCUGCUUCUGUCCCCAUCGUCGUCGACUUCCUGUUGCUCGACCCUGUCACCACCUCCGCCACCACUCUCAUCGGAAGUGACCGCACCACAAUCAUCGCCCCAUCGCCCCGCACUAGCGCCAUUAGAAGUAGUCUCUAACACCGGCAGCGCCAGCAGCAACAGCAGCGAACUCAGUAAUGCCAACAAACUUAGUAGUAUUAGUAGUGCUAGCGAUUUCAGUAGUAGUCUCGAAAGCUCAUCCAUCACGGCGAUCCCACUUGAUCAUCACUCUCGUUCAUCUUUCCCAGAUCAUUCGCAGUCCGCCGGAGUGACCACCGGAGGCCAGGCGCAACCGGAAGUGACUCCAAAACUUCCCACAACCAACACCACCACCAAGAUCAAGGUAUGUGAUGAGUUACGAAUGCUAUCCGACUUACUAAAAAUGAAAACCCCAAAGGAGGAUCAGCAACCACCACCCGUGACCUGUGACCCCAAACACCUCCCAGAACAACAGCACAACAGUACACUGAAUGGUAACAACAAUAGCAACAGCAACAUCAACCUCGGAACCACCCCACCAAAACCACCCACCAGCCCAUUAAGCCCCACGACUCUCAGUACCGCCGACCUGGACUCGGACCUCGAGAGUCUCAAAUCCAAACUGAAGGUCAAAACGUCCCGGGCCCAGAACAAGCUAAACGAGCUCGCCCAGCAGCCCGACUUCCUCGCCAAUGACCCGUUCAAGCUGCCGACGUUCAAGUUCCUGCCCAAAUCGAUCAGUCUGUGCAACGACGACUCCGUGUUCAAAGAGAACUACACCAAAUUCUGUGAUCGCAACGCCAUUCUACCUCCUACCCACAUUCAAGAAUCGCACCAGGAAGUGAGCUCGACGUCGUCCACCUCCUCCACGACGACCGUGUCCGAAGGCACCAAGGUGAUCGUCACCAAAACCACCAAGAGCAGCAAGUUGAGCGCCGACGGAACCAAAACCGUCACCGUCAAGAAAACGAUCGUCAAACAGAAAAAGAUCACCGAACAGGAACAGCAGGACGUGACAUCGGCCGCGGCGACGACGACGACGCCCACCAAGGAAUCGUCCACGGCCAGCGCAACCGUCAAGCGAACCAAGUUCCGCGUCAACCAGAUGAGCAGCCGGGACGUCCCGGUAGCGAUCAACAGCGUUGCCAAGCGAUACCUCGAGCAGAACCGAAUCUUCGCGACGGAAACCGCACUGACCGUGCCCAAAGACGACUGUCUGGUGAAGAAGCUCCACAAAAGCCACGUCCACACGACGUCGGAAACGGAAAGCGCCAACAAUUUGAAAAACACCAUGAAGAUCCGCAGCAUCUCCGUCGACUGGGGCGCGAAGGAUGCCGUCGAAAACCGAUCGAUGAAGUCGAUCAACUCGUUCCUCAAGCGCACCUCCACCUCCUCGUCCACGACCAGCUCGGCCGUCAAGCAGAUCCAGGCACAGAUCGAGGCCAGCAUCCACAAAUAACCGACCCCGGUCAGCGUCCUCGAACUGCGGACAAUACGCUUAAAUUCCAUGUUCAUCGCACAAGCACACAUCCCGUCACCUUCCUCGAAUCCCGUUUCCUCUCAUCGUCAGUCUGUGCUUAAUUCAUCCCUUUCAAUGUUAGUCGUUAGUUUUUUCUUUCUCUGCAUUUCUCAACCAAACACAUUUCUUCGUUGUUUAGCAGCAUCAUCCACCCAUCAUUGUUACACUCAUUAUAACGUUCAAAUUGUUCGUUGCGUUAGUUCUAGUAGCAAAGCGAGUCAGGUCUCAUUAAAACUACAAGUUACGCAAGAAAAAGAGAGAAAAAGGUUUAGGGUCAUGAUAAAUGUUGCGUUAAGUUAGGCUCAGAUAUUGUUAAAGAAUGCUUGAAGUAACUGUAAUCACAACAAAUGUAGCUGAAAUGUAUAUAAUCAGAGUACCAUUCAAUCUUGAAUAAAGAAGUAUCAUCUAUG